CUGGUUGCGCGUUGUCGGCUGCAAAUAGUCUUCACGUACGUGAGAAAUGUUGUACAGCCUGCAACUAGCUCUGUGCGUUGCCGUUUGUGUUUGUUUUUCUGUACAUUGUUCUAAAUUAUUUUGUGAAAGGCGAAAAAUGUGUAUGCAUCGUGGUAUUAGGUGAUAUAGGCAGGAGUCCUCGAAUGCAGUACCAUGCCUUGAGUUUCGCGAAACACGGAUAUAUUGUCAACAUCGUUGGCUACUCAGGAUCACUUCCACACAAACUGCUGAGGGAGAACCCUAACAUUGAAAUAAACCCAAUGUAGAGAGGCACCAUCUUUUUUUCAAAAAAUACCAGGGGUGGCAGGCUUUGUUCUUAAAGUCUUAUGGCUGUCUGCAUCCCUUUCCUUCACUCUACUCUUGCUGCCAAAAAGCAAAGUAUAUCAUGCUGCAGAAUCCUCCAACAAUUCCAACAUUUGUGGUGGCAUGGUUUGUUUCUGUGGUGCGUAGCAGUCAGUUAGUGAUUGACUGGCAUAACUAUGGCUACACUAUCCUUGCACUGAAACUGGGUUUCAGGCAUCCAUUGGUUUCCAUCUCAAAGUGGGUGGAAAAGAUAUUUGGAAGGUUUGCUGUAGCUAACAUCUGUGUUACAAAUGCCAUGAGACAAGAUUUGAUCCGCAACUGGCAAAUCAGUGCCACAACAGUUUAUGAUCGGCCUCCUGACAUAUUCAAGCCAACUUCUUUGCAAGAGCAGCAUGAACUGUUUGUAAGACUGUCUCUUGUUUACCCAGUGUUUCAGGCAAGGCCUCCAUCACAAAACACAACAAGAUUUACUUGUUGCUCUUCAGAGGGAACUGUGAUGAAGUUAGCAACAAGACCAGUGCUUUUAGUCAGUAGCACCAGCUGGACAGAGGAUGAAGAUUUCAAAAUACUUCUCGACGCUUUGCAAGAUUAUGAAGAGAAGGCCACAGAUGACACCCCUCAAAUUCUCUGUGUCAUUACAGGGAAAGGUCCUCAAAAAGAAAUGUACAUGGAAAAGAUCGCUAGCCAAACAUGGAAAAAAGUAGAGUUCUGUUUGCCCUGGUUGACUGCUGAAGAUUAUCCAUUGCUGCUAGGUUCAGCAGAUAUUGGGGUGUGCCUCCACAACUCUUCCAGUGGUCUGGACCUCCCAAUGAAGGUUGUGGAUAUGUUUGGUUGUGGAUUGCCAGUUUGUGCUGUCAGAUUUAACUGUAUUGAAGAGUUAGUUAAAGAUGAUGAAAAUGGCUUACUAUUUGACAACAGUAACCAGCUAGCUGACCAUCUGCAGGACUUGCUGAGGGGGUUUCCUGAGAAACUUGACAAGCUUGAACGAUAUAGAGGAAACCUCAAAGCAUUUCAAGAGCACCGGUGGGAAGAGCAGUGGCAGGUGAAGGUUCUUCCUCUGUUCCAAGAAGAAAGGACAAAUUGAAAGUAACCCUUCUUUUUUAAAGGAAGAGGUGCGGGAGGAUUUGAUCUUACUGAAAAAUAUGUUAUACACUUGCAACAUGAAUGUGUAUAGGUGGAUUGCUGUCUGCCAAGACCAACGCUUAGCCUCUUGCGAAGUGAUCCACUGUUAGUCUCGGCGAGGCUAAACAAAGAAUGUGAAUAAACUGGAAGCUUUGUUGUCUAAGGCCUCGUUUUAGCAGUUAACUGGAAAAAAUCAUCUGCCAGCAGCCCAGUAAUACAAGUUUGUGCUUGCAAUGCUUAUCUUAUACUGGUGAUCAAGCAGGGACAUGUUGAGUUUCAACGUUCACAUAUGUAUCUUGUGUAAUAUAUAUGCAACAUAUGUAAAUUGUGACCGUAAUAACAGGUGGUAAUAUCAAGAGCCUACUACUACAACCCAUCAAGACUAAGUAACUGAUGAUAAUGAUUAUAAAAGAUGAAGAAGAAAUAUAAAGAAUAAACAGGAUACUUGCAUAGCAUGGAAUUCCAGCCUGUGGCCAGGCUCUCCACGUUUUGUAUCAACCGUCCAUGAGUAUGGAAUAGGGGAAGGGUGGUAAACAACAGUAGUGUCUGGCCAAAAGUGUACACAGGGCUUUACUAUGGAUUACAGCAAGAAGGGAGAUAAAAUCUUAUCUACAGCAUUUUUGUUUCAUUUAAAAAGCUUUACUGUGUACUGCCUAAUAAUUUUCUUUUGGGGUGUUCAAAGGUUUGUUUGUCUGCCAUACAUGUUGAGUUGCUGUUGUACUUGCAUAUAAACAUACAACGAAAAA